AUGACAUUUUCAAAACAUUUAGACAAAAAGAAAACCGAUAGCAAAAUGCGGGUUUACGCAGAUGUGAAUUGGUAUGAACAAGAAAUAUCAAAAAAUAUUACAAGACUCAGCUUAACUAACUUCAAUGUUAACCAAGAAGUAUUGAACAAUUUAAGCAAGUAUCUAAAAAUGGAGGAAUGUCUUGUUAACGAACUAGUACUCGACAGAAUUAAUCUGUCAAAUUUAAAUUAUUUAUGUUGCUUAACACCAGAUACCAAAGUGAAAAAAUUAUGGCUGAGAUUUUGUCAACUUAAAGAUAAAGGAGUUAACUAUCUUUUGGAUAUUUUGGAUGAGACAAGUAGAAAUACUCAAUUGAAUGCAUUGUACUUAGAUUCCAAUAGUAUAACAUGCAAAGGAGCUAAACAAAUAGCACAGGUUUUAAGAACUAAUAGAACAUUAAAAUCACUUUCAUUGGCUAACAAUUUGAUCAAGGAUGAAGGGUCAUUUGUUUUGGUGAGUGUAUUAUCUACAUUUCAACUCAAUGAUUAUGAAAUCAAUUGGAAAUCUAAGCAAGAACAACAAAGAAAUAGGCUCUUAGAAUAUUUGACUGAUAUUCUAACUAAAAAAUUAAAAGAAAAAACUAUUCCAUCAAAUGGUAGUAAUAACAAUAAUGGGUUAUCAUCAAUUGGAGUGGCGAAUUUGAAACAGAAAGCUGAAAGUAUGAUUGUCCCAAACACCCACCCAUAUUUAACAGGACAAUUAUUUAAGAGUGGUUUGAGUUAUCAUAGUCCAGGAAAUUUUAAAAUUGCAUAUUUAAAUAUUUCAUAUAACCGGUUUAGUUCAAACAUUUUAAGUGUUAUAGAACAAAUAAUUCAGUACCAACAAAAAGUUUGUGUGGCUAAAGAAGGACUAAGAAAUUUAAAAAUUGAAGGUUUUGAUAUGAAGCAAAUAGAAAGGAUAAACAAACUAAUUGAAGGAAAGCUACGUCUAGAAAAUAAAAAUAAAAAAUUGAACUAUAUGCACAUUAUAUCAUGUUAGUACAUUUAAUAGAUCUCAACUUAAUG